UGCUUUACCUUCUUUUCUUUUGGAUGCCACCAUACUUAAGUGUAUGACCACAGUAAGGCUCAAAUGUUUGAUGCUUGAAAUAUUCCCUACAAUAAUAAAACCUUACUUUAUUUAUGCUUCCAAAAAAAAAAAAACAUCUUAUUAGAGCACUCUCACUCAUAGGCAUUUUUUUUGCCCAUGAGGAGAAUUGAAUGAAAAAAAAAUGAAAUUUUGGCUUCCCACUCAUGAGCAUUAGAAAAAAAAUGUCCAUGAGGAAAUCCUCAAAUGCCCAUAGCAAUGGCAAAAAUUUAUUGCUACAGUAGUGUGGGCCAUGGUACCAAAUCAGCAAAAAAAAAAAAGUUACACAUAUUAAAAAUAAUGUAAUGAUAGUAAUAUUUUAGGAGAGAGAGUGAUAUGAGUUUUUUUCUUAGCCCAUGAAUGUGUGAGAAGUUUUUUUAAAAAAAAAUGCCCAUGAAAAAAAGUAAAAAAGAGGAGUGAGAAAGUGGGUAGAGAAAUAAUGUCAUUUUUUUUUAUUUGCACGUGAAUGAGAGUUGUCUUACUAACAAAAAAAAAAAAAUAAUUAAAACCCCAAUCUAGGGCAGUGGGCACAUGACAUGGCAAAGACCGACCCACCCAGCAAACCCUAGUCAAGCUCCAAUUUUCCAAACUCUCUCAUCCUCUCUCCUCCUUCACUUUCUGGAUCUCAUUUCCAUUUCCAUCCUUAUUACAGCUGUUGAUGUGAAUGUGACAUUCUAUUUUUCAAACUAUUUACAAACACCAAAAAUAGAUUGUUGUUUUUCUAUGAUCAUCACUUCACCACUCUUACAAUGGCUUCCGUUUGUGUAAAUAAUAUCCCAACUUCUUACUCAACCUACCCUUGGUUAAUCCCCAAAAUCUCGAAUUCAAAUUUAAAUUCUAGUUCAUCUUCUUCAGAAAUUAAACAUAAAUCUGACCUUGAUUCUUCCAUCUUUGAUGCCGGAGAUUUCGAGUUUCGUCUCGGUGAUAACCUCACUAUGCUCCCCGCUGACGAGCUCUUUUCCGACGGUAAGCUCGUUCCAUUGCAAUUUUCCACUGCAAAGAAAGCUCCGCCGUCGGUAAAUCCGCCGGAAGAGGAGGUGAAGUCGUCGGAGGUAGAGAACUCUAGUCAAAGUACAGCAAAUGAAGAUCCGUAUUUAUUUUCACCGAAAGCUCCGAGGUGUUCGAGUAGAUGGAGGGAUUUUCUCGGGCUUAAGAAGCUUCAGGGUCAGCCUAAAAUGACGUCUUCUUCGUCAGCUAAUAGCAAGUCUAUCAGAUAUUUUCUUAAUAGAAACUCAAAAACAACCACUGACACUUCAUCUUUAACCCUGCCAUUGCUGAAGGACUCCUCACUUUCAUCGUCUUCUUCGACGGAUUGUGAUCCUGUAUCUAUUAGCUUGUCUCCAAUCUCACUAUCUUCUACUUCAUCCGAUCACGAUGAACUCCCUCGGCCGUCUCUAACCUGCGAAAAGCCCAACAGUCAGCCCAAUAGAUCCGGCCCAAAACUUCAAUGUGUACGGCCCAGAGAGAACCCACGGGUAGGGAGGAGCUCAGUGAGAAAUGAUAGGUUGACGGCGAAGAGAAAUAUCUCAGUUGAUAGUCCGAGAAUGAAUUCAUCAGGAAAAGUAGUAUUUCAUAGUUUAGAGAGAAGUUCAAGCAGUCCAAGUAGUUUGAAUGGCGGACCAAGACAUAAUAACAUUAAUAGUUAUAAAAACAGAGGAAUAAUGGAGAGGUCGUAUUCUGGAAAUGUUCAUGUUAGGAUUACUCCUGUUCUAAAUGUGCCUGUUGUUUGCUCUCUUCGUGGAUCUUCCAAGUCCGGUGUUUUCGGGUUUAGCCAAUUGUUCUCUUCGUCUUCUCAGCCGCAAAAGAAAGAGGGUAUCAACAACAACAAUGGUGUAAAUCAUAUUAAUUCCAGAAGUUCUCAUCAAAAGAAAGAGGGUAACAACAACAAUGGUAAUAAUAGCAUUUCAAGAAACAAGAAGGUGAAGGAGAAAUAAAAUUCAUAAAGACUGUAGAAAUUAAAACUCACAUUUCUACAGAAAAUUAAUUGUUUUACUAAUUACUCGUAAAUUAACA